UGGCUUUGCUUAACCAGAUUUUAGCUCCUCCUCCUUUCUCCGCUGACUGCUCGGUGUGUGCUGCAUCUCUCAGCUCCAUUGAGCAAGAGGAGAAAGGGAGGCUCAGCUAGCUAGCAUCUCCUAUAUCAAGUUUUGUUCAGAUUUUUAUCUUUUGUUGGAGGAAGAUCGAUAUGGCCUUCUUGUCCAUGGAACGCAACACCUGGGCCUUCACCUUUGGCAUCUUAGGUAACAUAAUCUCACUGAUGGUAUUCCUUUCACCACUGCCGACGUUCUACCGGGUGUACCGGAAGAAGUCGACGGAGGGAUUCCAGUCGACGCCGUACGUGGUGACGCUCUUCAGCUGCAUGCUGUGGAUGUACUACGCGUUCGUCAAGUCCGGCGCCGAGCUGCUCGUCACCAUCAACGGCGUCGGCUGCGUCAUCGAGACCGUCUACCUCGCCAUGUACCUCGCCUACGCCGCCAAGAGCACCCGGAUGCUCACGACCCGGAUGCUGCUCGGCCUCAACGUCGGCCUCUUCGGCCUCAUCGCGCUCGUCACGCUGCUGCUCCCGCAGGGCGCCCUCCGCGUCCACGUCCUCGGCUGGGUCUGCGUCGCCGUCUCGCUCAGCGUCUUCGCCGCCCCCCUGAGCAUCAUCAGGCUGGUGAUCCGGACCAAGAGCGUGGAGUUCAUGCCCUUCUCGCUGUCCUUCUUCCUGGUGCUCAGCGCGGUGAUCUGGUUCGGGUACGGGCUGCUCAAGAAGGACGUGUUCGUGGCGCUGCCCAACGUGCUGGGCUUCGUAUUCGGCGUGGCGCAGAUGGCGCUGUACAUGGCGUACCGGACCAAGAAGCCACCAGCAUCGUCGUCGUCGUCCGCGGCGGCGGGGCAGGAGAUCAAGCUGCCGGAACACGUCAAGGAGGUGACGACGAUCGUCGCCAAAGCCGGUGCGGCGCCGCCGGAGGGCAGGGCCAGCUGCGGCGCGGAGGUGCACCCCAUCGACGACGCGCUGCCGGCCCCGACGGUGGUGGAGGUGAAGGUGGACGAGGAGGCGAACCGUACGGACGGUGUUGACGUCGACGACGGCGAUCACGGCAUCCUCCUCAGGCCGGAGCAGAUCAUCAAGCCUGACAUGGCCAUUGUCGUGGAAGUGUAGUCCGGUUAAGUUUAGAAGUAGUAGCUAGUAAUUAAUUUCCACGCGAGAAGUAGCUAGCUGGUGGUACACAAGCACACACACAAGCAGUAUGUACACGUACGUGCUAGUACGUAGCUAGGUGACCCCCUUUUGGCGUAUGUGUAGUCCGGCCAGAUCUACGGACGGUAUUGGCGCGUGACUCUCCUGGCUCGUCCAUAAGCUCGCUGGUCCGAGUGUCCGACCGACGGAGUGUUGCAUGCAUGCAGAGAUAUCGGUCGACCGACCGAUGGAGUGUGUGUUCUGUGAAUCUAGCUACUGAGCGAGAGCGAGGAGGGGGUGUGGGUGUACGUGCAAUCGACCGGCCUGUCGCGUCGAUGCUCUUGCUUCAUUUGAUUCAUGCAGUUUAAUAAUAAAAUUUGGAUUUACUGCAAGCA